CUAGGAUCUGCUAAGUCAACUUCAUAAAGAUCGCUGUAUACUAUACCAUUAUGUACACAUGAUGAAGUAUUGUCAUGAUAAACCCUGUUGGACAGACUGAAGAUGUGGACCAUGCAAGAUGUGUAAAAUCCUUCAGUUUGGUAUAAGGUGAAAAACAAUGGAUUCUUAAUGGAAUCAGUGACAUUGUCUGAAGAACAGAAGAGAAGAAUUGAAGAAAACAGGGCCAAGGCUUUGGCUCGGAGAGCAGAAAAGAAUGACCGAAGCAUCACCAAUAAUCAAAAUAACUUGAAAUCAUGUCCUCCUUUAAACAAGGUUGCUCCUCCAGCACAACAUAAAAAUUCAUCAGUGUUCUCAUUUUACAGUGGCAAACAAGAUGUAACUGCUGAUAAUGAAAAUCUCAACAAAAAGGCCGGACCAAGCUGGGUGGGUGUUCCUGUUGGCCAUGUUAAAAAUUCUGUAACUGGAUCUUCAUCUGACAGUACGAAAAAGGAUACAGAAAGCGUUCAGUCCAAAAAUGUGCAAUCGUCAUUUUUCAAAAGUUCUCGCACCCAUUCAAGUGUCCAGCCUAAUAAUGGGCUCAAACAGAGGACAAAUGUCCGGCCUUUAUCUUCAACCAGGCCAGUAGGGUCCUCUGAAACCAGUGUUCAUUCCACUCGGUUCUCGGCACAGAUUCCGGUGACCAAAGGAUCCAGUAUCAGUGGUUCCUGUGUGUUGGUGUCACGGGAACAGUUUGAAGUGAAUGUUGGCUUCUUCACUCCUCUUAUUGAGAUCUUCAAACAGAUGAAAACUAAAGUAUAUGACCCAUCUUCUCGGAAGUGGUCCUUUAAGCUGGAAGAAUAUCACAAAUUAUUGUCUGCUGUGGAAGCACUGAAGCCACAUGUUUCGAUUGAACCAUUACCCAAGGCUGUUCUUCAGAUAUUUAGUUCUCAGCUAAGGGGAGAGUAUACUGACUGCCACAUUGCCGCUGCAGAUCUCUCUAAAGUGGAUCAAGGCUUGGUUGACUCUCUGAUGCCAUUUCAGAGAGAGGGUGUUGAUUUUGCAAUAUCAAAAAAUGGCCGAAUAUUGCUUGCAGAUGACAUGGGCCUGGGUAAGACAAUUCAGGCCAUCGCAGUGGCUGAUUUCUACCGAUCAUCAUGGCCGCUGUUGGUCGUUUGUCCAUCCUCAGUCAGGUUUGACUGGGCACAACAAAUCCGGAGAUGGUUGCCAAAACUGGAUCCGCAGCUGAUUAAUGUUGUGAUCAAUGGCAAAGCAAGCUCUACGUCAGGACUGGUGAACAUCACAAGCUACGACCUGAUGGCACGGAAAGCCCAGGAACUCCGGGAGAAGCGUUUUCAAAUCAUAAUAAUGGAUGAAUGUCACUUCUUGAAGAAUUAUAAGACUGUUAGAACAAAGUCAGCUAUGCCCAUACUACAGAAUGCCAAGCAUGUACUUCUACUAUCUGGAACUCCAGCUCUGUCUCGACCCCUGGAACUGUUCACACAGAUCAGUGCAGUGACUCCAUUCAUGUUCAAGUUCCAUGAUUUCGGUGUCCGAUACUGUGAUGGCAAACAGAAUCCAUGGGGCUGGGACUUCACAGGAUCAUCAAACAUGAAAGAACUUCAACUGCUGCUUGAGGAGAAGAUCAUGAUACGACGUCAGAAGAAAGAUGUCCUCAAACAACUUCCGGCCAAAGUCAGACAAAUGGUUCUGCUUGACCCUCAGAGUCUUGUCGUCCAUAAGAACCUGAAGAAAGCUUCGUCUGUGAUGAACUUGAAAAACCUCAAGGGCAUGGAACGGCGUGGGGCUCUGUUGGAAUAUUUUCAUCAUACCUGCACAGCCAAAGUCAAAGCUGUUCGGGAUUAUAUAUUGGAUUUGCUGGAAGGUGAUAAGAAGAUGCUUGUUUUUGCCCAUCAUCAAGAAAUGUUGGCAGCUGUAGAAGAAGCCAUAUCUGCAUUCAAGGGAGAAGUCCAGUAUAUCCGAAUAGAUGGGAGAACGUCAUCUGAGCAGAGGAACAUUGUGUGCCAAAAAUUUCAAACAAACCCUGAUGUUAAGGUAGCCAUCUUGUCAAUCACAGCAGCAAAUGCUGGUAUCAACUUGUCUUCAGCAUCUUUAGUGAUUUUUGCAGAGUUGUUUUGGAAUCCUGGAAUUUUGGUGCAGGCGGAGGACCGGGCCCACCGACUGGGACAAGAGGACUCCGUGAAUGUGCACUAUCUAGUAGCCCAGGGAACAGCAGACGACUUCAUCUGGCCGCUUGUUCAGACCAAGUUGGAUGUACUCAGUAAGGCGGGAUUGACCAAGGAUAAUUUUUAUGAUGCAGAUACAACACAUCAAAAGGAUUCUAAAACACAGGAGAUAAUGCAGUUCUUUGAACAGUCGUUUAUCGAAGACUCCGAUCACGAUGAAGAACUUGACAAGGACCACACCAAAAUAGAACAUGAUGAACAGAAACCAACUUCGACUUGUGAUAAAAAUCAAAAUCAGAGUCGUAAGCAGGUAUCGAUUGACAAGUUUUUCACAACUGCUUCAAAAGAAGAUUCUUCAUUUGAGUGCGAUAACGUUCUCGAUGAGGAGUUGUUGCAGCUUACAGAGGAUGUGGAUUGGGAAGACGACUUUGAGCCAGAGGCAAAGAAGCAAAAAUUAUAAUGGAGGAGUUGAGAGUCUAAAUAAAAACCUCAAGAAAGGAAAAUGUAUUCCAAGCAGAGUGAAUGUUUUAGUCAUAAUCUGGACAUGAGUUAAUUGCUGCCAGUGAAACAAAUUUAAAAGUUUGUUUUGUUUAACGACAUCACUACAGCACAUUGAUUAAUUAAUGGUCAAACAUUUGGUAAUUUUUGAGUCUUAGAGAGGAAACCCACUACAUUUUCCCAUU